AUGGCGGCACUAGGAUUAAUUGGAAAAAUUGACCCCUUCGAUGAGACAAUCGAACCGUGGGAAAGUUACGUUGAGCGCUUUGAACAGUACUUCGAAGUCAACGAAAUAGAUGCAGGAAAGAAGGUACCGUCGUUAUUAUGUCUUAUUGGUGGAAAAUUGUAUUCUUUGUUACGUGACCUAACUUUUCCUGACAAGCCUGCAGCAAAAUCUUAUGGAGAACUUGUGACUUUACUAAAUAACCACUUGUCCCCGAAACCCCUUAGCACGACAGAGCGCUUCCGUUUUGACAAGCGUGAUCAAAAGGAGGGAGAGACGAUAGCUGAGUAUAUAGCUCAACUAAAGAAACUUACGAUUCAUUGUGAUUUUAAUGCAUCGCUGAACGAGAAACUUCGAGACCGAUUAGUUUGUGGUAUGAGACAUGCCCACAUUCAAAAGCGUUUGCUAUCGGAAAAAGACUUAUCUUUCGGAAAAGCAGUGGAAAUCAGUCUUGCAAUGGAAUCAGCUGCCAAGGACGCUACAGAAUUACAGUCAAGGAACAAGACAGAGACCGGGGCAGUAAACAAACUUCAAACACGUGCGACUCCCAGGAAUAAACAUCCUAAGUCGAACGAUUACAGAAAAGAUACGGUGCGAUGUUACAGAUGUAACGGAGGCGGACACACAGCACAAGACUGUCGAUUCAAAGAUACGGUGUGCCAUAACUGCAACAAACGUAGACACAUCAAGAAAGCGUGUCGGUCCAAUCCCAAGAAACCUGUUCGUAAGAAACCGAUUAGAUACGUGGAUGAAUACCAGGAUGAUGGUGGUGAUUGCAUCGCCAGUUUAGAACUAAAUAACCUAUCAAGUAAAGAUAUCAUCUGGAUCAACCUGAAAUUGAAUGGCAUUUCAUCACAGAUGGAAUUGGAUACCGGAUCGGCUGUCUCAGUGAUGGCUGAGGAUGAAUUCCAUAGGAAGUUUGGAAAACAGAAAUUUAGAAAACCAGACAUGAUACUACGAACAUAUUCAGGAGAACACAUUAAACCAGUCGGUUGUGUUAACGUGCAAGUAGAAUACAAUGACAGUAGUUACACAUUGCCAUUGUAUGUGGUUCAAAAAGGAGGACCCGCACUUCUUGGCAGGGAUUGGCUGAGAAAAAUUCCAUUGGACUGGAAAGUGAUUAAAGAAACACAUGCCAUGCACUCUGUGAAGGUGACGAGCAUCAGUGAAAUUCUGGACAAAUACAAAGACGUAUUUAACGAUGAUGUUGGUACUUUGAAGGGUAUCACAGCGAAGCUGUCUCUCAAAGAAAACAAACCCAAGUACGUCAAAGCUAGGACUGUACCAUUUUCAUUGCGAGCAAAAGUUGAGGAGGAACUUGAGAGGUUGGAAGCAGAAGAUGAAGAGCAUCUACAAAACUUAGAAAAGGUGUUGCAGAGACUUAGUGAAUACGGUUUGCGUGCGAACUUAAACAAGUGUGAAUUUUUCAAAGAGAACAUCACAUUCUGUGGACACGUCAUUGAUAGACAUGGUCUACACAAGACACCAGAAAAGGUUGCUGCUAUUGUCAAGGCACCAUCACCCUCCAACGUGUCGCAGCUUAGGUCCUUUCUUGGAUUGGUGAAUUAUUAUGGGAAAUUCUUACCGGAUUUGGCAACUGUACUUGGACCUUUACACAAGUUGCUGCAGAAGGACUGUCAAUGGAAAUGGACUGAAGCCUGUGAGGAGUCUUUCAACAAGGUCAAGGACUUGGUUGCUUCAGAUAUGGUGUUGACGCACUACAGUCCAGAUCUGCCUAUUUCGUUAGCAUGUGAUGCAUCGCCAUAUGGACUUGGCGCAGUGAUUUCACAUGAGUUACCGGAUGGAACCGAGAAACCAAUUGCAUUUGCUUCUCGUUCUCUUGCGCCUGCAGAGAAGAACUACUCCCAAAUUGAUAAAGAAGCCUUAAAAAUUAUCUGGGGAAUCAAGAAGUUUCACGCUAAUUUGUUUGGAAGAAAAUUCAAGUUGAUCACAGAUCAUCAGCCCUUGAUUCAUAUAUUCAAUCCUCAGAAAGGUGUACCAGUGACUGCAUCAUCACGAUUACAGCGUUAUUCUCUAUUCUUGUCAGCAUACAACUAUGAGAUCGGAUUCAGGAAACAACCAAGCAUGCUAAUGCAGAUUCAAUGUCGCGACUACCCUUGGAAAGCACAGAGUCUGACUUAUCCAUAG